AGUAGCUUAUUCAUGAGAAACUGUGUUACAGUUUGAUUAAAAAAUGAAAUAUCCUUUCGUAUUAAAAUAAUAACGAGGGUACAAAAAUAUCCCAAUUUCACACUGGAAUCCUACCCCCUGACUCCGUGCGGUGAAAGCAACCAUCAUCAAUUGGGAAAAAUGGCAAUGAGAAUGUUCGGGGGAUCUGUUUCUAGAAGGUUUUCUACAGGUGGUGGUAAAAUUCUUAGCGAGGAAGAAAAAGCUGCUGAGAACAUUUACAUUAAGAAAAUUGAGAAGGAGAAGUUGGAGAAGCUUGCUAACAAGGGUUCUAAGCCAGAAGAACAGCUAGCAUCCAGUACUGGAAUCAAAUCUGCAGAAUCAGCAACUGAUGCUAAGCCCAGUGUUGGCUCAACCUCUUCCACUACAUCAGGGGUAUACCGAAACUACGCAAUAUAUGCUGCGGUUGGCACUUCAUGCGCUGCUCUCGGUUGGUACCUGAAUGGAAGCGCAUAGAGACAGCAACAAGUCCACGGGGACUAAGGCUGAGUUGGAGAAAAGAAGCAAGGUUAUACUUCCGCUGGUCACUGUUUUCUACACUGAGUUCUACUCUAAUCCAACUGGUACAUCAGGGAAAAAUGUCGCUGUAAUUUUUUGAUUCGCAAGUUUUGUAGGCUAAAUGACUGCUUUCGAAACCCACUCCCAUGUGAAUGACUGGGGUUAUUAAAGCUUUAGGUGAGAAAUCUCUGCAAGGAUGUAUUAGUCAGCUAGGUUAAUUUUCCGAAUUGCUCUCUAUUCUCGUCUGCAUUUUAACAUAGACUGUCAAAUCAUGUUAUUAAUAUUUCUGGUAUCUGGAGUCUGGAUGAAUGGGCCAUGCAUUCGUUAGAGGAUAUUGAUAUUCAAGUGAGACAGGGUGUGCAAUUAAUCAAGUUCUUCACCGUACUUUUGUUACAUUAAAAUCAACUUAAAAUUGAGGAAAUCUGACGAAUACUGAAAAAAACAUUACAAAUUCUAGCCCAAGAACUACACAAUAGUCAUCCAAUUAAAAAAAAAAAACAUCAUUGAAAGUGACA